GUCCCGGGAUAAGCAAUCGAGCCCUCUCCAAAUAUCUCUCGGAGAAUCCGAGAUCGAGAUCGAUCCAUGGAACCCUAAUCUCUCUCCACAUUUUCCUCUCCAAAACCCUAAUUCCCUUCUCAAUUCGCUGCUUAGAUUCUUGGGGAUCGACAGGCCGCCUUGGAUCAGAAGCAAAACCCUCCUCUUCGACUCGAAUGUAUCGAAGUCGAGAGAGAAAUGAAGGCGAGGAAGUGGUUUUCUCGUCGGAUGGGAAUGGAUUCGUGGCGAAAGAUUGUAUUGUGAGGAGAAAUGCACUGCCUUCUUAGGUUUUGGGCGUUGCAGCUUCUCGAUGGCAGGAUUUUCUCCUAUUUACUGAUAAAAAUCCUGUCUUUUUUCCAUGGGUGUUCAAAGCUUUUACAUCUGAAGUGGAAAGAAGGGAGCCAUAAUCCGAUCUUAUUGAAGUUGAUCAAAGAAAGCAAAAUCACUACUUGCGAACUUGGCCCAGAGAAAAUGCAGUCCAAAACCCGAAUUCAUGCCGACCCAUCCCUCAAUGAAGACUAUUUUGAUCGGAUACCCGAUUCUCUGGUGCUCCUCAUCUUUAACAACCUAGCCGAUGUCCAGUCCCUUGGCCGCUGCUCUGCUGUCUCGAAGCGCUUCAAUUCCCUUGUCCCCCUCGUCCAUGAUAUCUAUGUUAAGAUCGACCGUGUUGUUACUGUUGAUGGUGAUCCAGAUGAGGCCUUAAACCUAUCUUCCCCGAAACCUCGAAACCUGUUGUCCCACCUCCUUAAGCUCAUGCUCUUGACUGUUCUCAAACCCUUCCACCACCUUCAGAACACCAGCGGUGGGAACAAACCCCUCCUCCCACAACUAUCCCACCACUCACCUGCUCAAGUCCUGAAGAACUUCACCCACAUUCGCAAUCUUAGGAUCGAACUCCCUGCUGGUGAUGUUGGAACUGAAGAUGGGGUCCUUCUGAAAUGGAGGGCAGAGUUUGGAAGCACACUCCAGAACUGUGUCAUAUUGGGGGGCACCCGGAUGGACGGGAAACCAGCUUCCUCCAAUCAGGAGCAGCCCGUGGAAGACAACGGGAGUAUACCUGAGUCGUUCUAUACAAAUGGAGGGCUAAAAUUGCGUGUUGUUUGGACCAUCAGCUCUUUGAUUGCUGCAUCAACAAGGCAUUACCUUCUUCGUCAGAUAAUCAAGGAUCACCCGACGCUGAGGAGCUUGGUUUUGACAGAUGCUGAUGGGCAAGGGACACUAAGCAUGGGGGUAGAGCAGCUGAAGGAGUUCAGGGAAAAGCCAUUGGCUGCAUCUGCGUCAUCGAGCAGGACUCAAGUGCCGGCAUCCAACAUGAAGCUGAGGUAUGCUCCAUACUUGGAGCUCCCCGAGGGAAUGGGAAUGCAGGGUGCUACGCUAGUGGCAAUCAAGCCUGCUGGAGAGGGUACUAGCGGCAGCAAUAGCAGCAGGAAGGAGGCAGAGGCAUUCGUUUCUGGGGCCUUUGAUGGACCUUUCAAGGCAGCAGCAAAGGCAUUGGUGAAGCGGCGCACUUACCUGUUAGAGAUGAAUGGUUUCUAGAUUGUUUAGCACCAUGGCUCAGUUCUCUGUGAUAUGGCUUUCGAUAUCGUUUGAUGGUUCCUUUGCUCCUUUCUAUGGAACCAUUUGCAGACUGCUUGAUCUGUAGAGUUGAGGUCUGUACUAGUUGUCUUCUGCUCGCGAUCUUUUCCUUCUUUCCUAGAAUCUGUGCAGUAAUAAUCUAUGGCUCUAUUUAUAUGCUAUUUUAUGUAGGAAGUAGCUUGACGCAGUUUCCUGAUGUUCACUAAUUAUGUUAUGUUGCGGGCUUCUUGUGAAAAAGCAAUCACAAUAGUUAGUCUCCAAUUUGCUAUCUCGCUGCUUCAGUGUA